UAGAUAAAGGAUGAUUUUUGUAAUUUACUCAAGUUUUUGUGUCGAUUGAAGAAGUUGUUGAAUAAAUAGCCAAUAAUAAUCAGCCACUCUCUCCGAUCAUAACCAUACCUAACGUCAUCACCUCGAUUUUCAUGGCAUUUGUGUAUAUAUCUUCCUAAUUACAACAUCACCCUCACAAAUUGAUAGCGGGUGUUGAUCAAAUUCUUGCAAUUUCGCAGCUAGAUGUGAUAGUGUAUUCAACUUGUUUGGUUUCAUACAAUACGAACCCUAAAAGUCAAAUAGUCAAGAUGGAGGAAGAGAUGGUUAGAAUGAGCAACAUCAUGCCAGUGGAGCUUGCAAUUAAAAGGGAGCUAGAGUAUCGUAAGAAAAUGGAAGCGUUAAAAUAUCAACAUCAAAAUGACUUCAAACCACUCAUAUCCGCACAGGGGCCAGUUUUCGAAAGUCAAACACCCGUUGACCGGAAAAGAAAGUUACAGCCGUUCAACGAACAAUGCUCUCGCACACUGCAGUCUUCUAGAAGCAGUCGGCCUUCUUCUUCAAGGUUUGUUUGCGUGGUCUGCCGUAUCGCGUUUGCUACUGCGUACCAUCUAAAGGUUCACGGUGAAACUUCGGCACAUAAAAACAAACUUUGCGACUCGAGAAGAGGUGGUAAAGCGAUGAGUAAUCCGUUUUUAUGUGAAGUUUGUGAUAUUAUGUGUUCGAGUGGUAGAGUGAUGGAGUUUCAUGUCGCCGGAAUAAAACAUGCUACAUGUCUUAGAGAGUUUGAGGAUGCAAAAAGGGAAAGGAUUUAUGGGAAUUAUGUCUCCAAUUAGUAAGAUUUGAAUAAGAGUUAAUUACUGUUUUCGUCCACGUGGUUUGUCAAAAAUCACUAUUUCAGUCCAUUAGUUUAAAAAUUGCAAUUUCAGUCCCUGAGGUUUCACUUUCGUAACCAUU